UUUCGCUCAGAACGCUAGGGACCGCCGCGGAGCAAGGCCAUGAACCAUCAGGAUGAGCAUGGAAAUUCCGGAGACCGUAUCGGUGCGUAAAUUUCGCGACUUUUCAUCUCGCCAGAAGCAGGAGCUGUACGAGACGCUCCUCGAGUUGGCCGAAACCAUCGAGGAGUUGCCCAAGAGGUCUUUGCGUAAGACUCUGGAGCUCACCCUGGCCGUUUUGGAGUACAAGGGGGAGCAGGUGCAGCGAUUGCAGGAGCAGUCUGGUGGCGCGUCCAGUGGGGCCUUCAGUGAACGGCGAUUGCAGGACGAAAAUGAUAAGCUGAAACGAAUGCUUCAGAAGCUGGAGGACGAGAGAGAUGGACUUAAAACUAAGACCAAGGAGUUGGGCGAGGAAAUCCGAAAGUUGGAGGAGCGUUUGCGAGAAGCAGCUCAGCAUGCGGAGGCCAGCGACAAGGACUCCUCAGAUCCCCUUUCCGAGUUGGACAAACAAGAGCAGCUACUUCAAAAUAUUGAUUCCAAGAACAAGCACAUCAAGAGACUACUGAAAGAAAUAGAGACCCUUCAAAACCAAAACAUAGCUCAGUCCAAAACGAUAGUUCUCCAUGAGCGAGAGCUCCAAAAUAUCAAGGCGAAUCUGGUCCAGUUAAGUCAGGACAUCUCCAAAGUAGAGCAGGAGCGAAGGACCCUCAAGCUGAAGGAGCAGCAGCAGGAUUUGGAGAUCAGCCGUUUGGAAGGCAAUGUCACGUUUUUGGAAGUGGAGCGGGAAAAACAGGAGGUGGAAAUGCGCCAGUUCCUGGACAAGUUCGAGAGUAAGACCCUGUCUUGGCGGCAGAUGCUCGAGGAGCGAGAGAACGAGGUGGAGCGACUGAAAAAACAACUGGAGAGCAAGAGCACCACCUCAUUAAUGACCACGUCAUCCAGUAGCCAAAGCCAAAACGAAGAGGAGCACAUCAAACUGAGACACCUCCUGGAAGCCCGCGAGCAGAGGAUAGAAAAACUGGAGGCGAAGCUUAAAGAGAUGGCCGAGGAAAUGGCCACCACAACGAAGGUUAUGAAUCAGCUAUGCGCAGAGCGGGAACGGGCUCAGGACCCUGAGCAGCCACGAGCCUGUUGCCAGUUGAUCGAAGAGCGUCUUCAAGCCGCCAAUUCCCGCAUCCAGCAGCUUUCAGAGAUGUUGGAUUCCACAGAACAGGAUAACGUUCUAAAAUCCAAGCAGGCUCUACACGCCUUAAGUGCUCUGGAAUCCUAUAAACAUGGGGAAGACGGAUUAGUUCCAGCGCUGCGGCGUUGCUCGGGUCUGGAGCAAAAAUUGGCGGAACGGGAAAAGCAACUUAGAGGCUACAUUCAGGAGCUCAACUCCCUGCACGAAGUGGUUCAGGAAAAUGAGAUAUUGCGACGUCGUCUGCAUAUUCCCGAGGAUGUGGUGGUGCUGGCCAAAAACGUGCGCUCGAAGCAACGCAACAAGGACAAGCAGAUUGAGAGAUUAACCCUGAAACUGAGAACCUCGGAGGAACUGCGCCUACAACUGAAACUGGACAAGAGUGACCUCAGACGAAAACUAUUGGAGCUUCAGCAGGGACACACGCAGCCUUUGGAUGAAUCCUUCCAACAACCCAGCGAGUUGGGCGAAAUACCAACAAGUCUUCCGAUGGAAAACUCACCCCGCCGUGGCCAAGGAGACGGAGCAGCCAGCUCGGAGAUGCAGAAUCGUUUUGAAGAAGUCCUGGCGGAAAAUGAGACUUUGCGCUCUGGAAUGUACGAGAUCCUAGAGAAGUUGAGAGAGUACGAUGCCACCUCGGAGCACAUUACAAUUGACUCAGAUCUGUUGCACCGAUUGAUCGAGGCCCUUCCCACUGGCACGUCCACUCCCCAACGUCUACAGGGUCAGCUUCAGGAGCUCAAGGCUCGAGAAGAGGCAUUAAGGCAGCUCCUGCAACAAGAAAACUAUAGUGACUCGGAAACAGGAGAACUAUCCUCCGUACAGAGCAUGUGCGAUGUCCCAGAGAUGCCAGAAGAGAUACAAGAGGAGGAGCCACCUGCCAUUGAUACAGCAACACGUCCCAGUUCGCCAACUGAAGCCACCGAGGGAUUGCAGAGACCUGUCAUUAUAGACUCCGAUACGGAAACAAAAUCGGAGACCCUAGCCGAGCUCUCCAUUCUCCGAAAGCAUUACGAGGAAUUACGGCUUCAUAUGUCCGCGGAUGGAAAUGAGAUGAUGAGCCGGAAUCAAGAGCUACAUGAUCAAUUGGUCUCGUUGGAGCUCCAACUGAAUAAACAACAGAACUCUUAUAGUUUCAUGCGCAAGGACUACGAUCAGCUGCUUACCGAAUCCAGGAAACAGGAGCUGCGAUUCAUCGAGGAUAGAGCUUCACUGUCCAGGAAAUUGGAGCUACAGCAAAGUGAGUUAUUAGCCACGAAGGACAAGUUGGAGGAAAUGCAGCGAAGGAACCUGUACACCGCCGAGGAGCAACAGCAGUUGGCCCAACGCAAUGCCAUUCUCAGUAUGCAACUUGGCCAGGCGGUGGAACAGAUGCUCGGGGAGCUAAAGCAUCCGGAUAUAUGUUCAGAAUACGGAAUUAUAAAGGAUAACUACCAGCUGGACUAUAUCACAGCUGAGGACUUUGAGAAGCAGCGACAAGAGCUAUCCAAUUGGAAGAGCAAACAGGCAGAGCUUCUAAGGGAAACCAAGCAACUGGAGGGUCUUCUUCAGGUGGCCAAUACACAGAUUCAUUCCCAGCAAAGGUUGCUAAAUGAGAUCACCGAUAAUCACAUAAAUCUGCGACAUCUGGUGGCUGAUCUCCAGAGUUCUUCCAACGAGAAGCUAUUGAUAGCAAAGGCUCAAAGGGAUUUGGACAGUGUUAAAACUGAGUGCUCUCGCUUGGAAACAGAGCGAGAACAACUUCAGCAAAAGGCAGACUAUCUACAAGCCCAACUGGAUGGAACAGAAAAAUCCAUGAAGCAGGCUCAAGAGGACUUCCACAAGGAACUGAGUAACAGUAAUACUAAGCACAAAUUCCUCCAACACUCGCUAUUUGCACUGAAAGACAAAUAUGCCAAAUUUACGCCACUGAUCUUCCUCAAUAACUUUGUGUUCGCCUAUCGAAAGUUCCUACAUCGAUUAGAGGACGAGCAAGUGCAGCAAAAACAGAAAGGAGAUAACACUCAACUGAUCCAAGAGGUGGUGGAUGCUGUGCAGAUCAAGAUAGCACCUAAUGCUGAGGUCUCCCAGCAACUCGUCAAGCUCAUCAAGUCGGAAACACAAACGAAGCUCCUGGAACAACGAUGUGAGCUGUUGGAGACGAAGCAGGAGGAGCUACUGAGGGAGUUGAAUGAACUGAGACUUCGUCAGGCCGCAGAAACCGAGCACUGGCAGACCAUUCAGGCGCUGUUCGGCGAAGGGGCUAGUCCAAAGGAACCUAAAGUGGAUGCGGAGACCAACACGGAGGCUACCACGCCUAUUCCAGCCAUACGAAGAACUGCCCAGUUGAUAGACAGACAAUCCUCGCCGAUAGGAUCGCCACAUAGAAGACAUCCACACCUGGACACUGCCACCCAGACACAGGUGGAUUCGGUUCAACUCCAUGAGACGGCAGUUCAGACAAACGGUAUACUGAGCCGACAGAAUCAAUCCGUCCAGACUGCAGAGCUGCCGGAGGAUAGCCUCAAGGAUUCCCGUUUGGAGCUUCAAAAAAUGCAAGCUUCCCUCCAGGAGGCUAACCAGCGCAUCGAAGAACUGGGCAAGCAAUUGGAGUCUUCCAAAUCGGAGAGCCGCGAGGCUGAGAGUCCUCACAGUAGAGUAGUGGAAAAGACCAUACUCUCCUUUCAUUCGUUGCUAUUGGAGAAGGACCAGUCCAUUCAGAAGUACCAGGAUCUUCUUCAAACGGAAAGGGACCAGAACCAGCAAGCGAUCAGCAAGCAGGCGGCAGAAAACGAGACCCUUAGGACCACAGUAAACAAUCUUAACUUUAACAUCAGAACAAAGGAUGCGGAGAUCAAGGAGCUCAAAGCGAAGCUGGAACAGAAGCCGAAAGGAGUUGUUCAGCGAACUUCAUCCACAGACUCGAGUUCCAGUGCCAGUUCGGAGCAUUCGGUUCAAGAACUGACAGACGAGAAGAUCGAGGAACUUUUUGAAAGCAGUUCCGGAGACAGACCUCAAGAGGAAGAGGAGCAGGUAGAGGAUGCAGAGGUAGUAGUGGCGAAUGUGGAGCCACCUAUCGAAGAACACGAGGGUGAGCAGGAGAAACAGGACACCGAGGAGCUCAAGGAAGUCCCCACUCUCCACAAGCAGAUUAAGGAUCUAAAGGACAAGCUGGAAUAUUCUGAAAAGAAUCUGAAAACAAGAGAAGAGGAGAUCGAAAUUCUUAAAGAAAAGCUGAGACUUUGCCAAGAGCGCGAGAAAACAGUGGAAACUCAUGUGAGUCCGGAGCUGGACCAACUACGGGCCUUUUUGGAUGAGAAGGACAAACAUAUAAGGGAUCUUAUGGAUACCCUCAAGAACUUCCAUGAUGAUCAACAACGGUACAUCAAUGACACUUCAAACUUUUCGGAGGAGCAGAUAGCCAAACUGGCAGCAGAUCUCAAUAGAACUGAGGCCACCAACAAGAUCUACCAUACCCAGAUGGAGGCACUGCGUCGCCAGCUAGCCAAUGUGACGCAGCGGGAGAAGCAGGCACGAGAUCUAAGCCAGUCCCUUCGCCAGCAGUUGCUCAAACGACCAGUGGUGUCCAUCAAAACGGAGCUGAAUGCCAGAGUAAAGCAAGAGAACCUUCAGAAACGCAUCCAGCAGCUUGAAUCGGAUCUGGAAGAUUCUCGUGCCCAGCUGCAACGCCAACAGACAAUGCUGGAGGCCAAACGCACCAAGAGUGCCAAUGAAGUGGGUCUCUGGGAGAAGCAAAAGCGCUGGCAGCAGCAGGCGGAGAAAUGCAAAGCGCGGCUAGAGGAGACGGAAGCGGCUCUGGAUAAGACGCGGUCCCUCCUGCAAGCGGCACGCACUACGAUCUCUCGGUUGGAGAAGGACAAGCAAAUGCUCCAGUCCAAAGUAAACAAUCACAGCGGUCCUACUAGCAAUGGAUCCAGUAAUGCCCUGAAGUGUUGUCGCACCCCAUCCUGCCCGAACCUGCAGCAUGUAGGCGUGAAUAAGUUCACGCCCUCGCCUUCGGAGAGUCCGGAGACGUAUACUGGCCCCAGCAGCGAGUGCAGCUCCCCGGCCCAUCAUUCCCAGCCAAGGGAUGGCCACUUUUACGACCAGAGUCAGGCCGAUCUUGUGGAGGCGCUGAAGUCCCGCAUAGAGCUGCAGCAGCGCAAGAUCAUUGCCAUGGAGCUGGAGGGCAAAGGUUCAAAUGCACUUACCACAGAGCUGGAGAAGCUCCAAGAGCGGUAUCAGACCAUAGAGGCGCAGAACAUACGCCUUGAGGCAAGGAACCUGCAACUACAACUGGACACAGACCUACUUAGGCAAGGCGACAGCAGUGACAGAUUACAGAAACGCAUCAAACACUUGGAAGACUACAUUAUUGCGCUUAAGGAGGAGAUGGCUCGGAACGAAUCCCGUCGAGAGCUUUGCAAGUGCAGCGGCCUCAAAGUGUCCACCAACCAGGGCCAGUCCGCGGAGCAGACGAUCCUUUCGCUUCGUAAUCUUGUGGAGAAACUGCGCUCUGAGAACAAGUUCCUCAAGGAUGGCCGGCGAUCCACGGAGUCCACGCGCAGCUCCACAGAUUCCACACCUCCAGAAGCCGCGAGGUUGCAGCAACAACAUGCAGAGGCGCUGGCUAAGAUCAACGCUCUGCAACAGGAGCUCCAAAAGCGUACAAAGUGCAGUCAGUGUGGUGGGCGCAGUAAGGAUGCCGCCAAUGAGGAACUCAAGUUUAUAAAAGAGCAGCUUAUGAAAAAGACACAACUACUUCAAAAAGCUAAAGUUUUGUUAACGCGAGCAGCCGCCAAAGAAAAGGUUCUAAGGGAACAGCUCGCAUUGUGGAAACGAAAGUGCUCCGAGCUACAGAAUGUGCCCGUGAUUGAUGAAAUUAGUGAAUAAUAAUCAUAGUAACUUUAAGAUAAAUGUUGUACAGAUAAUAAGAAAUUAAACUUUAACGUAUU